UCAUACACACACUCAAUUUCUCAUUUCCAUACCCAAUGGAAAACAUAUACACUUAAUAAUUUUAUAACAAUCCAAGAAUUUUGCUGCCCUCUAUUCUAUUCUAAAUUAAAAGAUAUGUCCAAGGAGAAGUGGAAGUUGUUGUUCAGGAAGAUGAAGCCAUUCUUGGGAGUAGUCUUCCUGCAAUCAGGGUUUGCUGGAAUGGACAUCAUUUCUAAAGCUGCAUUAAACGAGGGUAUGAGCAAUUUCGUCUUUGUUGUCUAUCGCCAUGCUGUCGCCACCAUCGUCAUGGCGCCUUUCGCCUUCAUCCUGGACAAGAAAAUAAGGCCUAAGAUGACCCUCACUAUAUUCGGCAAGCUCUUGCUUCUUGGCCUCUUAGAGCCAGUGAUCGACCAGAAUCUGUAUUUCUUGGGGAUGAAAUAUACAACUGCUACCUUUGCAGCUGCUAUGGCCAAUGUUCUGCCAGCCAUAACAUUCCUCAUGGCAUGGCUUUUCAGGUUGGAGAAGGUGAAGCUAACCAGCAUUCGAAGUGAAGCCAAGUUAAUUGGGACACUUGCAACAGUUGCCGGAGCCAUGAUUAUGACGUUGGUGCGCGGCCCCAAUCUCAACUUGCCGUGGACAAAACCGGGGGCAAUAGAUGUACAUCCACAGGGACAAGUGAGUCUCGAGCAUUCAAUCAAGGGUGCUGUCAUGAUCAUACUCGGAUGCUUCAGCUGGGCUUGCUUCAUGAUUUUGCAGGCAGUGACACUGAAGACUUACCCUGCCGAGCUAUCCCUCACCACUUGGAUAUGCUUUCUGGGGACAAUUGAGACAGCUGCUGUGGCGCUUGUAGCUGAAAGGGCAAAUGUAGCAGCGUGGGCCAUAAAAUGGGACACCAGUUUCCUUGCAGCUGUCUACAGUGGCGUGUUCUGUUCGGGAAUCGCAUAUUAUGUUCAAGGAAUAGUGAUGCAAGAAAGAGGGCCUGUUUUUGUCACUGCAUUCAGCCCUCUGAGCAUGGUGAUUGUUGCUGUCUUGAGCUCUUUCAUUCUGGCUGAACAAAUGUUCUUGGGAAGGCUUAUGGGUGCAGUGGUCAUUGUUCUUGGCCUAUAUCUCGUGGUGUGGGGGAAAGAGAAAGAUUACGAGACCCCUUCAACUGAAGAAAAGCUACCGGUUCAAAAAUGCUUAGAAGGAUGUGAACAUGGCCAGCCAAUGGAGGUAGUUACAGGGGAUGGAGGCGAUACUAGCAAAAGUUAGCUGCUAUUUCCAAAACUUUAGUUGAGUAUGUGAACAGUAUCGUUACCUGGGUGGCGAACUACUCUCGGAAGUUGCAUGGCCCUUUGACAGAAUAGGCUCGAUUUCGCGCUCAACCUGCAUUUAUAAAUUCAUAUAUUCUAUGCAAUUUUCAAGUUGACAAAUAAUUAAGAGAACUAAU